UAAAAAGUAUUCAUGCCAUUCAACGUUUUGGGAUAAGGGAUCAACGUAGUUCUUCAAAAGCUGAAAGUUGAGGACGCAAUUUAUUUGCUUUAUAUUUCCUAGGACUGGUUGCAAUAAUUGGUUCCAUCGGCAAUGGAUUGGUGGUGACCGUUGUUACAAUUCUCCGCCGAAGAGGACAUAAGUCUAAUGUUCAGUUGUUUCUUUUGCACUUGGCCAUCUCUUAUCUGAUGGUGUGCUUGAUGUGUAUUCCUCUGACUCUUUUCAGCAAUUUCCAUUACCCAACUAAAUACAGCUCUAUCGAAAACGGAGCUUGCAAGUUUUCACGAUUUGUACAGUACCUGACUCCAACCGUUUCCAUCUCUCUCCUAGCAACUAUAAGCAUUGACCGCUACAUGUCCCUGGCAAGACCUAUGGCCUCCAUUGCCUUGCGACCAAAACUUCUUACACCAUCUUGGAUGAUUCUGCUCGCGUGGCUCUACUCAGUAAUGCAAUUUACACCAACAUUUUACUUCACUGAUGUAAAACCCAUCACAGUUGAAGAAAACAAGACAGUGUAUUACUGCACCACGGUGCCAAACAAUAGUUUAUCUGGAUUGGCUUAUUUGAUGUUUCUUGCAGUGCCAUCUUUUGUGUUACCUUUGGUAACCAUGAGCAUCAUGUAUUACAAAGUCUCACGAGUUGUGUGGAGGAGACAAAGGAACCUUUCUAUUCAUCCACAAUAAGUGCAAACACCGCUCAUCUUAGUGUGUUGAUACAAUCGAGGAGAAGAGUCAUUCGCGUUUUGCUUACGGUAGUGUUGGUGUUUCUGAUAUGCUGGUCACCAUUUUUGAUCUACUGUGGUUUUCUUGAGAAAACACUCAGGGGAUUCCCUAAUCCUAUGGAUGGAACUAGGCUGGCACUGUGGCCUGGGUCUUCUGAAUUCAAUGUGUAACCCUUUUAUCUAUUUUUUCAAUGUUGGAGGAAAAAGAAAUGAUGCUUUGAAAGAUUUGUAUCUUCAGAUUUAUAGUGAAAAUAAAUCGCGGCGUUCGUCAACAAACAGUCAAGGAGGAGAGAGGAAGAGCUCUCGCAAAUUGCAACAGUUUCGACUAAAAACGAUGGACAGGGAACAUUCGGUAAAGAAUAAACU